AAAAAGCAAGAGCACGAACAGCAAAAUACCUCUCUGAACAACAAUCAUUAUUGCGGUGCUUUACCAUCCACGCAUCAUCAAAAUCUAGGUUCUUAUCCUGCAACAUCCAAUCAUGGCGCCAACCCUCCACCUCUACCAUACCCCAGGCUCCUGUUCCUUGGCGUCGCACAUCGCUCUAAAUAGCGCUUCGCUUUCCUUCAAAGCAACGGAUCUCCAUGCAGCGCGGGGCUUCCCAGCAUCGCAGCUACAUCUCAACCCCAAAGGCCGGGUCCCGAUCCUAGAAAUCAAUGGUGAGCUCAUCACCGAAACACCGGCUAUCCUUACCACCAUCUCUUCUUUGGCCCCAGAGAAGAAUUUGCUUGGAAAGGGGGUGAUGGAGCAGGCAAGGGCGUAUGAGUGGAUGGCGUGGUUGUCGGGGACAAUGCAUGGGCAGGCUUUUGGGUGCUUGUUUCGACCUGCGCGCUUUCUCAAAGAUGAAGCGACGCAUGAAGCUCUGCGCGAAUCAGGUAGAAACCAGGUCAAGGAGUGCUUUGAAUACGUUGAGAAGAAGCUGGAAGCCAAGAACUGGGCUGUCGGAGAUGCAUUUACCGUGGUCGAUGCGUAUCUUCUGGUAUUUUACAGGUGGGGUAACAUGUUGAAGAUGGAGAUGCGGGACAAGUAUCCAAACUAUACCAGGCUCGCGGAUGCUGUUGUAGAAAUGGAAGACGUGAAGAAGACCAUUAUGAGCGAAGGCAUAAGCGCGCUGAACGAGUGAACAGGUCAAGUGAGCGUGCUAAGAUGGCAUGGAGGUGGUGCCAAGAAUGCGAUGAUGUGCACACAAAGUUCAUUUCUCAGAGGGAGAUGUGACAUGCUUUGUUUGAACUAUCCUCUAUCUAAUUGAAAAAGUACAUG